GCCAUCAGCUAUGCUGCCGCCUAGCCAAAUGUAGCUGAUGUAAUGUGAAGCAAAUGGAGGUUUCAAAAACGCAGAAAGGAAGUCAACGGGACUGUUUAUGCUCAAUACGUGGUCCCGUGAGAUUUAUUGUUCCUUAAAUUACAACAACUUGGAUUUCUGGUUGCUGACAGCAAAUUCACUUCCUUUUUCCGCGUAUUUAAGAGGAUCAUCCGGUGUUCUCUAUCCAAAAUGUGCUGACGGCAGGUCUCUUGACAGCACGGCAGAACGAUGACGUUUCAAGCCGGGAAAACACUUUUGGACAGAAUUGCAAUGAUUUACAUUUUAUUUUUGUUCGUUGGCUUUUUAAACGCCUUAAAAACGCAACGCUUUACCAGACAGGGAGGUUCGUUCCCUUCUUCUAAGAUCUCCGUCAGCUAUGAAACUUUUUACUUUGAUCAAAAGAUUGAUCAUUUUGGCUUCCUAGAGGAUGGCACGUACAAACAGCGCUACCUUGUGGCUGACAAAUAUUGGCGCUCGCCUGGCGGGCCCAUUUUGUUUUACACAGGCAAUGAAGGAGACAUCACCUGGUUCUGUAACAAUACUGGCUUCAUGUGGGAUGUAGCUGGUGAGCUUGGCGCCAUGUUGGUUUUUGCAGAACAUCGUUAUUACGGAGAAUCGAUGCCAUUCGGAGCGGACUCUUUUAGCGACAGCAAACAUCUCAACUACUUGACAGCAGAGCAGGCCCUAGCGGAUUUCGCCGUUCUGAUCCAGAACUUGAAACUGCGCCGAACUGGAGCCCAGCAAAGCCCGGUUAUCGCUAUGGGAGGGUCAUACGGUGGGAUGCUAGCCGCAUGGUUUAGGAUGAAGUACCCCAACGUGGUUGUCGGCGCUUUGGCAGCGUCUGCGCCAAUCUGGCAGUUUUCCGGGAUGGUACCGUGUGGCGACUUCCAUAAAGUGGUCACACGGGACUUUGCUAUAAGUGGACGCAACUGCGAUGCAAAUAUUCGAGCAUCAUGGAAGGCCAUCAGUAACCUCUCUGCUACUGCAUCAGGUCUGGAGUGGCUGUCAGAGGAGUUCGGGUUGUGCACGGCGCUGAAAAGUGACAAGGACGUCGUUGCCUUCAAGGGUUGGCUCCAGGAGACAUGGGUCAACUUGGCUAUGGUGGACUACCCGUACCAGGCUGAUUUCCUGCAACCACUUCCCCGCUGGCCAAUCCAGGCGGUGUGCAAGUAUCUGACGAUGGAUUCAUCUGCUUCUGACCGGCAGAUCCUUCACGGGGUGUCGCAAGCAGUAAAUCUCUAUUAUAACUACACCGGGAGCUCCUCCUGCCUCAACACCUCCGAGACGGCUACCGGCAAUCUCGGCAUAAUCGGCUGGGACUACCAGGCCUGCACUGAAAUGGUGAUGCCUAUGUGCACCGACGGUGUACGGGACAUGUUUGAACCUGCUGAGUGGAAUUUCCAAGCCUUCUCGGACGAGUGCCACUCCAUGUUUGGCAUCAGGCCGCGAGCCGACUGGGCCGGCGUGGUUUUCGGCGGAAAGGACAUCGCUUCGCACAGCAAUAUCAUCUUUAGUAACGGCGGCCUGGACCCAUGGUCUUCCGGAGGAGUCACGCACAACUUGUCCGACUCGCUGGUGUCAAUCAUGAUUCCGGAUGGCGCUCACCACCUGGACCUGCGCGCCGCCAACGAUCAGGACACACCUUCCGUACGUGCGGCCCGUGCUCUAGAGCUAAGCUAUUUUAAAAAGUGGAUCAAACAAGCUGAGAAAACGAUCCAUAAUCUUUCCUGAAUGAUAUUUUGUACACAUUUUUUGAUCAGAUUCAUUAUUAUUUUUAAUUUUUUUUACAACUCUGAAUAAAAUGAAGCAUCCAAAGCCAGCAGGAACAAUGGCAUGGAAAUUUAAUAAAAGUCCACAGUCGGAGGAAGCCAAUAACGGGAGUGGCAGGAGGUUAUUACCAUGUGACCCCGUCCUGCAAGCCCCCCUCCCAGGGUGACCAUUCACUUCACCAGCUGCCUGGUUGUUCCCCCUGCUAGCAAUAUUAUUAACACAGCUCCCUGGGGGAAGGGAGUGUAAUGGAAGGGUAAAAGUGAGGUGAGGCUAAAGUUCACCCUUCAAUAUAAGUUCAAAAGAGUCACAAAAUUGUGCAAAUAUUCCGAUAAUUGCCGAAUAAGACUUGGUAAUUAUUUAGAGGUGGACCGAUAUGGGAUUUUCAAAUGCCGAUACUGAUAUCUAAAAAAAUUUUCUGCCGAUUGACGAUAUCCAAAGCCGAUUUUGGAAGCCGAUAUUUGAGGCCGAUAAACUUUUUUUUUUUUUUUUUUUUAAGCACGUUGAUUAUGAAAAGCAUUUUUUAAAAAAUGGAUCAACAGCUUCAAAUUUACAAUGAUAAUCUGCAUGGUUGGGCAUCGAUGGGAUCCGGGAUUAUCUCUCUAUCAGUCUAUAUGCCCUGACUGUGAACUGAAAAAUGUUGCUGCUGAACACAACGAAGAAGCCACAUGAAGUCUAGCUCCGUUAUGAGCAAAUCAAAUGAAGUGGCUAAUUUAGCUUAGCGCAAAAACGUGUCGUUUCGCUUGGCAUAAAUGACAACAAAGUAACAGAAUCAGCACGCCGAAAUGACAUAAGACCCUCUAGCAAAACGUGCAAAUUUACAGAUUUUGUUUUAUCAAGGGUUCCCAACGAUGUGUAGUGCAGAGGACGUGUAGCGUCUGUACACAGUCUGUACACCAGACAUGUCCAAAGUCCAGCCCGGGGGCCAAAUGCGGCCCGUGGACAAAUUUCAUCCGGCCCCCAGCAUCUGUAAAUCAAUAACGUCUGGCCCACACACAGACUUAAUAAAUUGGCCAGCAGUACUGCUACCAGCAUAUGAAGUAGCUUACACACUAAAUGCUGCUCCUCCUUUACCCACGAAAAGGCAGCAGCACUCUAAGCAACAUUACCCCGUGUGGCCUUUACGCCCAAUUUUCUAAAAUGGCGACAAUUAACAAAAAAAGGAAUGUUGACUGCGACGGCCGACGCUUCAAGGAUAGGUGGAAAUUGGACUGUUUCUUCGCUGAAAUACGCAACAACUGUCUGCCUAAUUUGCAAAAAGACAGUUGCUGGUUUUGAAGAGUUCAAUGUGAGGCGAUAUUACCAAACAAGACUAGGGCUGUCAAACGAUUAAAAAUUUUAAUCGUGUUAAUUACAGCUUAAAAAUUAAUUAAUCUUAAUUAAUCGCAAUUCAAACCAUCUAUAAAAUAUGCCAUAUUUUUCUGUAAAUUAUUGUUGGAAUGGAAAGAUAAGACAAAAGAUGGAUAUAUACAUUCAACAUACGGUACAUAGGAACUAUAUUUGUUUAUUAUAACAAUAAAUCAAAAAGAUGGCAUUAACAUUGUUAUCGUUCUGUUUAAGCGAUCCAUGGAUAGAAAGACUUGUAGUUCUUAAAAGAUAAAUGAUAGUACAAGUUAUAGAAAUUUUAUAUUAAAACCCCUCUUAAUGCUUUCGUUUUAAUAAAAUUUGUAAAACUUUCAAUCAAAAAAUAAACUAGUAGCCCGCCAUUGUUGAUUUCAAUAAUUACUUACACAAUGCUCAUGGGUGAUGAAGUCUAUAAAAUCAGUCGCACCCAAGCUUCAGCAGAGGGCGUCAAAACGCCAUAAAACACAAUUAACAUGCGGGCAUUUCUCUGUACUGUCAUUUAAAUCUGUCUGAGCGGGGCAUGUGCGUUAAUUGCGUCAAAUAUUUUAAUGUGAUUAAUUUGAAAAAUUAAUUACCGCCCGUUAAUGCGAUAAUUUUGACAGCCCUAAACAAGACACGCUGACAUGUACGACAAGAUUAUAGGGAAGAUCCGUAGCGAGAAAAUGAAGCAACUUGAAGCUAGUUUAAUUCCACAGCAGCAGUAUUUCGCAAGAGCCCGAGAGUUGAAAGAGAACGCCACAAAGGUUAGUUCCGAGAUUGUUGAAAUUACUAAUAAAAUAAUAAUAAAGCAAAUGGGAAGCACAGAAUGGAUUGCUAAAAUUUGCUUAAAUAUAUUGUUCAACAUAAAGGACGUCAGCCAAGGUCGGCUUCCCAAAUUUUUACCACACCAAAUCUGGCCCCCUUUGCAAAAAGUUUGGACGCCCCUGCUGUACACCUCAAGGAUUUUUUUUCCAACUAAUGUUAUUUUUUUCCUGCUGCUUCCAUGAAUUCACCACUAGGGGAAGCCAUGCAUACAUAGCAAAAACUGUAGAGUCCGGAGUUGCAAUAGUGACAUCUUGUGGACCGAUGAACAAUAUAUCCGUUUAGAAAGGACUCAAACUUAAAAAGUAGUCAACUUAAUAUCAGGGGACAGAACACCCCCCGCGUGAGAUGUCACCCCUUAACUAACUUAUAGAAAUACCACCUAAAACAAACGAUGCAAUGCAAUAAAGGCCUGCAGAAUAAAACACUCUAAAACAUAGGCAAAUAAUGUGUAAAUGUUUUCUCUGUGAGCUUUGUGAAAAAUAAACAUUUUUAUGAUAGUUUCUUCAUCAUAUUCAAGUUUGAAGACUGAUUUUUAUACACUAGUUAAAAAUAGCCCUGGGAGGAAUUCAUAACGAAGUUAAUUGAAAGUUAAUAUGAUUUAAAACAUAAUCAAAAAGUUAGGAAAUUAAUAUGAAGUAUGCAAUUUAUUUGACCCUACAUAUUAAAAGAAUCAGAAUCGAAAACCGUUUGGAACCGGAAUCAAAUCGUGGAAUCGGAACCGGUACCGUUCAAAUUCAAACGAUGCCCAACCCUAAUGACCUGAGACUUUGAGGAUUAACUCGGCACUUAAGCAAGAACAAUACAUUAUUUUCAAAUAAUUAAACCCACCUCGACGUCACAACGAAAUGUAAACAACUCAGCGGGACAGAUGAAGAAGCAGCUCGCCAUGCUAACACUAAUGCUAACGCUACGAGUUACAUUUGGAGUGUAAGGAUUACCCGGUAAACAUCUUAAAAGGCUAAAGUAACAUUGCAUAUUCUCUCAUGCAUGAUAAAAAAAAAAAUAUUUACAAAACGUGCAAGCCUGAAGCUUCCUGUAGCAGCCUGACUUCAAGCUGCUGCAGGGUCCUUCCGGGGUCUCACAGUCAAUCAGUGGCGGCCACAGUUGCCCAAACAGAUGCCUGAUCAAAAUCCUUUUUUAUCAGCUUUUCUUUUUUUUUUUUUUUGCUUAAUCGGCUGAUGGGAGGGGGAAAUAUUAAGUGUUUUACACUAAAACAGGGAUGUUAAACUCAUAUACGUUGCAGGUCAUAUCGUACUUAUGUUUAGCCAUUAGGUCAGCCGACCAAUACAAAUUUUAACUCAUUGGCUGCCAUUAUGUUUACUUUGACAACAUUUUUUCAAUUCGAUCUGUAUUCAUGGACACUAAAAAUAUUGAUCCGAUUAGGUCUUUCGUGUUCAUGUAUCAGAACGUCAGUCGGAACAAAUUAUUUUGAUGUGCGCAGAUUGAUGCAGCUAAAUGAUGAAGCUAAGUUGGUAAGUGGUGGAAUGUAAUGAAGUAAAAGUACUUCGUUCAAGUAAAAGUACUUCGUUACUGCUAAGUAAAAGUACUUUGUUACUGUAUUUAAGUACAAAUAUAAAGCUGUACUUUUUACUUAACUACAUUUUAGAGCACACAUCUGUACUUUUAGUCCACUACUUUUCAAGUUGUCACCUGCGUUACAUACUACUUUUACUUAAAUGUAUAUAUAUGUAUCUUAUGUAACACAUUUUUUGCAUCGGAAAAAAAUACUUUUACUUAAAGCAAGUACUUUUGUACUUGAGUACAUUUUUUCUUAGUUACUUACAUUGGUAUGAAAAAGUAUCUGAACCUUUUGGAAUUUCUCACAUUUCUGCAUAAAAUCACCAUCAAAUGUGAUCUGAUCUCUAUCAAAAUCACACAGAUGAAAAAACUGUCUGCUUUAAUUAAAACCAAACAUUUAUAGGCUUUCAUAUUUUAAUGAGUAUAGCAGGCAAACAAUGACAGAAGAGGGAAAAAUAAGUAAGUGAACCAUCUGCCAAAGCAAACUUAAAGGGCAAUUGAAACCAAUUUUUACCAAACAUUUUAAGUCAGGUGUGUGCCCAGUCACUGACGAGUGGUUUAAAGCUGCUAUGCACACUAUAAAACACACACCUGGUAAGAAUUGUCUUGAUGAGAACCAUUGGCUGACGUGCAUCAUGGCUCGGACAAAAGAGCUGUCUGAGACGUGCGAUCAAGGAUUGUUGAUUUGUAUAAAGCUGGGAAAGGAUACUAAACCAUCUGUAAAAGUCUGGAUGUUCAUCAAUCGACAGUCAGAGAAGUUGUCUCCAAAUGGAGCGAGUUCGGCACUGUUGCUUCUCUCCCAAAGAGUGGCCGUCCACCAAAGAUGAUGCCAAGAGUUCAGCGCAGAAUACUCAGAGAGGUACAAAAGAAUCUUAGAGUGUCUGCUAAAGCCUUCAGAAAUACCUGGCACAGUAAUAUCUCUGUGCACACAUCAACUAUACUGUAUGUAAAACUAUUGCCAAGAAUGGUGUUCAUGGGAGGACCCCACGAAGGAAGCCACUGCUGUCUUAAAAAAAAAAAGUAAAAAUGUAAUGUAAAAACCAUUGUUGCUCGUUUGAUGUUCGCAAAAGGGCACUUGGACACUCCACAGAAGUUUUGGCAAAAUAUUUUUGGACUGAUGAAACCAAGGUUGAAUUGUUUGGGAGUAACACACAACGUCGUCUGUGGAGGAAAAAUGGAACAGCUCACGAACAUCAAGACCUUAUCCCCACCGUGAAUCAUGGUGGAGGGAGCAUCAUAAUUUGGGGCUGUUUUGUUGCCUCGGGGCCUGGACAACUUAGAAUCUUUUUUUUUUUUUGUCACCGUAUCUGUACUUAAGUAACAAAAGUGAGUACUUCAUCAGCCACUGAGUUUCAAAGAAGGCAACAUAGUAUUAAAGAAUAUUUAUCCCCAAUUUUCACGCAUAAUGAGGUAGUGUACACAUUUAUAAAAAUAUUGUUUUUUGACCAGCUGCUCGCUAAAAUGUUCCGUUUCAAACAAAAACUUACUGCUUGUAUUUUAAUGCAUUCUCUUCUUCUUGUUGUAGCUAAAUUGAUAGGUCUACAAGGUUUUUUCCCCACGCAACAAACCAAAAUGAAAUCUGUGUCUGCUAUGUCUUUUUGUUACUACAUCAAAGCGCAUGAACAGGACGUACUUGUAAUUAUCAAUGUGGUACCAAUGUCGCUACUGUGGAUGCUUCACAAGCAACAAAUGUGCGUACAGGUUUGCAGCUGUAAUCUUUCCAGCUCCCUCGCUCUCAGUCGGUUGCGCGACUUCUUCGUGGGACCAAAUGUGCUCUUACUCGCAUCUGGAAGUACUACCUGCUCUACGCUUCCUAUACCAAAAUAAAAGCAUGUAUCACCAAUCAGUCAACAUUAAAAAAAAAAAAAAAAACGCCUUGAGAUAAAAUGGCGGACGAGACACCGGCAUCGUCAAGUCGAAAUCACGGAAGUCGGGUACGUCGUAACCCGGGUACUACCUGUAUAUAACCUCCGUGGAUCUAAUAAGUUACGUUUUUCCCAGUGUCAAAAUUGUGUCCAGUGACUACUGAUGUCACGCCACUGAACCACACGACCAAUGGGGGCGUGUCCCUUUUACCUACACUGACGCGAUGCAGAUGGGUAACGAGUCAAGCGCUGGUAUGUCGCCCAACAAAAAGAAGCAAAAGCUGGACUUUUCACCGCUUUGUCAAGAGCUGCUCUGACUUUUCAGAUAGUAAGAUAUACCGACAAGGUCCCCCGCCACCCAAAGGCCCUCCUUAAAAAGUUUUCUCAGGACUCUAAGGGGUCGUUUAUUCCGACAGCGACCAUCAAUCAAAGGCGUUAUUUAGUAUUCACCGGAGGCCAAACGCCAAAGUGUGUCGCGGUUAGCGGGCGGACCACACACGCAUGGACACUACAUAGAAUGAGAUUAAAGGUUGGGGUGGUGUUGCAUUGAAGGAGGGAGUGCAUGGGGGCGACUGAAAAAGUUUGCUUCAGGGGACCAUUAUGUCAGCCAACCCAUAUCAAUAGAAAAACAUGGCUGCCAUCAGUGUUGUUUUUGGCAGACUUUUUAACUUUCAUCUUAGGCUACGUCUACACUAGGACUGAUAAUGGCCUUAAACGUGUAAUUAAUUGGACUACACGGCAUGUCAGCUACACUAGUAUGCCUCCUAUCCGGAUUAGUUGUUAGACUGAUAAUGUAGGCGGGUAAUGUUACCCGCUGCCUACGCUCCGCCUAAUAUGGACUGCUGCCUCCGUACAACAUUCGGAUACUCGGGAAGGGGUGUCAUGCCGUCGCUGUUUUUAAUGUGGCAUGACAGUAUCGUAAACAAUGGAGGCGGACGAUCACGACGUGG